ACGGCCGCUGUGCGAGCAACAGGAGCCGGCGAGCGGCCCACUCCUCCCACCUCCUCCGCCGCCUCCUCCUCCUCCCUUCGGCUCCUCCCGCCCCCACCUCCGUGCGGGCGGCGGAGUCGCCCUCUCCUGCCUCUUUCUCCCGCUCCCGCUCGCUGGUCUCUCUCGCUACUACUUCCCCCUGCUGUGCUCCAGGGCACCCAAGCAUUCUCAGCGCUCACCUUAGGGACCCACGGGGCUCGAAAAGCCUCGAAAAAGCCGCUUCGGGCAGAGAUAGUUGGAAGCCCCUCGUCCCUUCCCCCUCUCCCGGCGCAGCACCUUCUCGCUCCUGCACACUCUGUUUGGGAGGACGGGGUGAGAAGGUGAAGUGGAAAGAACUGCAGAGCGGAGGGGGCCAGUCUCAGAGCUCAGAUUUCAUUUUCAUUGAAGCAAAGCACGGAAGAUCAGUUUUGUUUUGUUUUUUUAAUUCUGCAUUUUUUCUUCCUUUUUUGCUUUUUAUUUUUAUUUUUUUUAAAGAAACUUAUUUUGGGGGAGAGGGUUGCGCUGGGCAUUUGCUUUGCCCAGUAGUUGAAAAGUGAACUCGACUCGUGAUGGUUCUCCUGUCACUUUGGUUGAUAGCAGCCGCUCUGGUAGAGGUUAGGACUUCAGCUGAUGGACAAGCUGGUAAUGAAGAUAUGGUGCAAAUAGAUUUACCAAUAAAGAGACAGAGAGAGUAUGAGCUGGUGACUCCAGUCAGCACAAAUUUUGAAGGACACUAUCUCUCCCAUAUUCUUUCUGCGAAUCACAAAAAGAGGUCAACGAGGGAUGUGUCUUCCAACUCUGAGCAAUUGUUCUUUAACAUCACAGCAUUUGGAAGAGAUUUUCAUCUGCGACUAAAGCCCAACACUCAGCUGGUGGCUCCCGGUGCUGUUGUAGAGUGGCAUGAGACAACUCUGGUGCCUGGUAAUUUAACUGAACCCAUUCAUGAUCAUCAACCAGGAAGGGCUUCAGAAAGAAUCUGGAAAACAGAGCCUUUGCAGACUAACUGUGCUUAUGUUGGUGACAUCAUGGACGUUCCAGGAACCUCUGUUGCCAUUAGCAACUGUGAUGGUCUGGCUGGAAUGAUAAAAAGUGAUAAUGAUGAGUAUUUCAUUGAACCCUUGGAAAGAGGUAAGCAGAUGGAGGAAGAAAAAGGAAGGAUUCAUGUUGUCUACAAGAGAUCAGCAGUAGAGCAGGCUCCUGUGGACAUGUCCCAAGACUUCCACUACGGAGAGUCGAAUCUGGAAGGCCUUGAUGAUCUAGGUACUGUUUACAGCAGCGUUGAUCAGCAGCUGAAUGAAACCAUGAGGCGCCGCAGGCACGCGGGAGAAAAUGAUUACAACAUCGAGGUGCUGCUGGGAGUGGAUGACUCUGUGGUCCGUUUCCAUGGCAAAGAGCACGUCCAAAACUACCUCCUAACCCUCAUGAACAUUGUGAAUGAAAUUUAUCAUGAUGAGUCCCUCGGAGUGCAUAUAAAUGUCGUCCUGGUGCGCAUGAUAAUGCUGGGUUAUGCAAAGUCCAUCAGCCUCAUAGAAAGGGGAAACCCAUCUAGGAGCUUGGAGAACGUGUGUCGCUGGGCUUGCCAACAACAAAAAUCUGAUCCCAAUCAUUCUGAACACCAUGAUCAUGCAAUUUUCUUAACCAGGCAAGACUUUGGACCUGCAGGAAUGCAAGGAUAUGCCCCAGUCACAGGCAUGUGUCAUCCAGUGAGAAGUUGUACCCUGAAUCAUGAGGAUGGUUUUUCAUCUGCUUUUGUAGUCGCCCAUGAAACUGGCCAUGUGCUGGGAAUGGAACAUGAUGGACAAGGCAACAGGUGCGGCGAUGAGACUGCGAUGGGAAGCGUCAUGGCUCCUUUGGUGCAAGCAGCGUUUCAUCGUUACCACUGGUCCCGAUGCAGUGGCCAAGAACUGAAAAGAUACAUUCAUUCCUAUGACUGUCUCCUUGAUGACCCUUUUGAACAUGACUGGCCCAAACUCCCGGAGCUUCCUGGAAUUAAUUACUCUAUGGAUGAACAGUGUCGUUUUGACUUCGGGGUUGGCUAUAAAAUGUGCACUGCGUUCCGAACCUUUGACCCAUGUAAACAGCUUUGGUGUAGCCAUCCUGAUAACCCCUACUUUUGUAAGACUAAAAAGGGGCCUCCGCUCGAUGGGACUGAAUGUGCUGCUGGGAAAUGGUGCUAUAAGGGUCACUGCAUGUGGAAGAACGCUAAUCAGCAAAAACAAGAUGGCAACUGGGGAUCAUGGACCAAAUUUGGCUCCUGUUCCCGGACAUGUGGAACCGGUGUUCGCUUCAGAACACGCCAGUGCAAUAAUCCAAUGCCCAUCAAUGGCGGUCAGGAUUGUCCUGGGGUUAAUUUUGAGUACCAGCUUUGUAAUACAGAAGAAUGCCAAAAACACUUUGAGGACUUCAGAGCACAGCAGUGCCAGCAGCGUAACUCCCACUUUGAAUACCAGAAUGCCAAACACCACUGGUUGCCAUAUGAACAGCCCGACUCCAAGAAAAGAUGCCACCUUUACUGUCAAUCCAAAGAGACUGGAGAUGUCGCUUAUAUGAAACAGCUGGUCCACGAUGGAACACGCUGCUCUUACAAAGACCCGUACAGCAUAUGUGUGCGAGGGGAGUGUGUGAAAGUGGGCUGUGACAAAGAAAUUGGUUCAAACAAGGUCGAGGAUAAGUGCGGUGUCUGUGGUGGUGAUAAUUCCCAUUGUCGAACUGUCAAGGGGACAUUUACCAGGACACCCAGGAAGCUCGGGUACCUUAAGAUGUUUGAUAUACCCCCUGGUGCUAGACAUGUGUUAAUCCAAGAAGACGAGGCUUCUCCUCAUGUUCUUGCUAUUAAGAAUCAAGCUACAGGCCACUAUAUUUUAAAUGGCAAAGGAGAGGAAGCCAAGUCGAAGACCUUCAUAGAUCUUGGUGUGGAAUGGGAUUAUAACAUUGAAGAUGACAUUGAAACACUUCACACUGAUGGACCUUUACACGAUCCUGUUAUUGUUUUGAUUAUACCUCAAGAGAACGAUACCCGCUCUAGCCUGACAUAUAAGUACAUUGUCCACGAAGACUCUGCGCCUACAAUCAACAACAACAAUGUCAUCCAGGAAGAACUAGAUACUUUUGAGUGGGCGUUGAAGAGCUGGUCUCAGUGCUCCAAGCCCUGUGGUGGAGGUUUCCAGUACACUAAAUAUGGAUGCCGUAGGAAAAGUGAUAAUAAAAUGGUUCAUCGCAGCUUCUGUGAGGCCAACAAAAAGCCGAAACCUAUUAGAAGAAUGUGCAAUAUUCAAGAGUGCACACAUCCACUCUGGGCCACGGAAGAGUGGGAGCACUGCACCAAAACCUGCGGCAGUUCGGGCUAUCAGCUCCGUACGGUACGCUGCCUCCAGCCGCUCCUCGAUGGCACUAACCGCUCCGUGCACAGCAAGUACUGCCUGGGCGAGCGUCCUGAGAGCCGCCGGCCUUGUAACAGGGUGCCCUGCCCCGCCCAGUGGAAGACAGGGCCGUGGAACGAGUGUUCAGUAACCUGCGGUGAAGGGACCGAGGUGAGGCAGGUCCUCUGCAGGGUGGGCGACCACUGCGACGGUGAAAAGCCUGAGUCGGUCCGAGCUUGUCAGCUGCCUCCCUGUAAUGAUGAGCCAUGUUUGGGAGAUAAGUCCAUAUUCUGUCAAAUGGAGGUACUGGCGCGGUACUGCUCCAUACCAGGUUAUAACAAGUUAUGUUGUGAGUCCUGUGGCAAGCGCAGUGGCACGCUGCCACCGCCGUACCUUCCCGAAGCUGCUGAGACUCACGAUGAUGCUCUCUUCAACCCCAGUGACCUCCCUGGAUCUCUAGUGAUGCCUACAUCCUUGGUUCCUCACUACUCAGAGGCUCCUGCUGAGAAGAAAUCUUUGAGUAGGAUCUUCUCGGUGGGCAGACCAAAUGCAUAUGCUGCUUUCAGGCCAGACAGUAAAUCCGAUGGUGCUAACUUACUACAGAGGAGAGCUCAGCCAGCAGAAAGUAAGACUCCGAGACCGGCCUCCCCACCCACCAGGAGGGGCCACCUCACUUCAUCUCCACGAAUGUCUGCUACCCCCUUCCUUGCAGCCAGCGAUUCCAUAGGUGCUUCUUCUCAGGCAAGAACCUCAAAGAAAGAUGAAAAGCUUAUUGACAAGAGACGUCCGCUGAGAUCACCCACCUUGGAAAGAUGAAAAAGUGAACCUGGAAGGCUAGAAAUCAGAGGAAAAUGGAGACAAGCUCCAUCUCCCCAUGGUGCAUACACCUUGUUCAAAGUGGAAAUCACCUAAAUUGUCAAUUCAUUUAUGUUAAGUGGAAGAACAAAAAGUGCUGGUUCACUUUCUAGUUGCUUUCAUCCUCCUUUUGUCGUGCAUUGACUCGUUUGCCAGAAUUGAAUGGAAGAAAGCACCAAAGAUUAUUAACAGAGGGGAAGUAAGUUGCUCACAGUGUUGGUCGCUUUUUAAAUCGGAAAAGGGACUGGAAUCAGGUGUGCAUUAUCAGCUGAGUUCGUUUUUAAAAAGUUACAGUAAAAAUAAAAAAGAGGUGCCAAUGGUUUACACUUUAACAAAAGGUUUCGAAAAUGGAGCAAAGAAUUCUUAGACUUGUAUUGCUAUUUAUCUAUAUUAGAAAUAUUGUAUGAGCAGAUUUGCAGCUGUCGUGUAAAUACUGUAUAUUGCAGAAAUCAGUAUUAUUUUAAGAGAUGUGUUCUCAAAUGUUGUUUACUAUAUUACAUUUCUGGAUGCUCUAGGUGCCUGUCAUUGAGUAUUGCCUUAUUUGACAUUCUAUGGAUUGAUUUUCAAAGCAGAAUAGUACAAAGAAGAAGAUAGAAUUGCCGCUACUGACAAUACAAAGGGUUUUGUCAUGUGGUUUUGUUCCAUCAACAGUGUGAUACCUAAAUUACAGAAAAAGAAAAAACCGAUAAGCUACAGAUAUAGAUAUUUCAGCUUACCUCUUACCAGCCAUCCUUUAAACAAAGAGAAUGAGAUUGGUGUUUUAGUGUACUUGUAGCGACAGAGAACAGAGGACAGUCAAUGAGCCUCUGCAAGUCAAAAUAGAAACCUUUUUUUACCAGGACCUCAGUAGACAUCAUUGAAGUGUCCUGUGUUCUUGUGUUGUUUUUUUUUUUUUUAAUUUGUUGACAUAUACAAACAGGUAUUCUUGAUAUACUGUAAUAAUAACAAAGGGAACAUGUUUUGAGAUCAUUUGUAUGUUGGUAGCCAAGAAAAGCAUCCUUGAACUAGAAUUAACACUCAAGUAUAGCAGGGCAUUAGGGUUCUAGAAGCAGGUUCAAGAAAGCGUUUGUCAAUGGUUGCGAUAUUUAUUUUCCGCAUGGUUCAUGUCCAAGUGUUCACAACCACAGUGCAUCUGACUGCAAUAAUGUGCUAGUAAUUUAUGUCAGUGGUCACCUUACUCACAGUGAAGCCAGAAAUGCUCUCUCCAGGGAGUAGAUGUAAAGUACUUGUAUAUAGAACUCAGAACUGAAGAUAUUUAUUAAAAGUUGAUUUUUUUCUUGAUAGUAUUUUUAUGUACUAAAUAUUUACGCUAAUAUCAAUGGCAUAUUUUGGUAAACUAGAGAGACAUACUAGAGAUGCAUGCUUUGGUCUGUGCAUCACGAGAAAUCGAAGCAAACUACAGCAGCCAGAUCAAAGAGCUAAAAUUGAACAGAACUGAUGCUAUACAAACCUUUUGCAUUUUUAGAGUAGUUGAUGCAAAGUUGGUAACUUGUUCCCCUUCAGUGAAAUAUAAAAUAGUAUGGACUCAUAUAGCUAGCUGUUUAAUGAAGUAAUGAAUUAGAAACACUAAGGGGAAAAAAGUCAGUGAAAGCACUUCAUGAAUUACACUUAAAAGAAAAAAGAAGGAUAAGUGUUGUCAGUAUAGUGAUUUUGAGGUCAGUUCCGGAACUGCCUAAAAAUACAUUAUGCAGACGAAAAUGUAGACAUGUUACCCUCUCAAGACGCAGAAUGUGCGAGAACGUUUGCAUUUUGACUAAGGUGAUAAGAACAGCUCCACCUGUUGACUCCACACGUCAAAGAAUCGCUGCUACUUUGUGCAAGACUUUCAAAAGUCCAAUGAAUUAGGUAAAUUCCAGAUUGUAAAACAAUCCCUGAGCCUCAAAUAGAAGUUAUUUUUUUCCUCUAAAAAUUUCCCUAGAAUGAAAUUCUCUCUAGUUUGCUUGCAUGUGCAUGCAUCGGGUCCACAGGGAGACACAGAGAAAGCAGCUGGUCACAGGUCACGCCUCCCGGAGAGAUGUACAUACUCCUUAUGCUUCUCAUCUCGGAGCUUCCUUUUCUACGAAGCUAAAAGAUUCCUUUUUAUCAAAGUGUACACUACUGAUGCUGUUUGUUGUAUUGGGAGCACGUAGCAAUAAAAACAUUAACAAAAUAUA